GUGAGACAUCCAGCAGCUGGUAGUGAGUUGCUAGUGCGCCGAGCAGGCUGCCACGGCUCGCACAUUUCCCCACUCCAUGUGAGAUAAACGGAGACGUCUGCCGAGACGUCUAAUAUGCUGUUAGGACGCCGGACGUGUCACUGCAGCGGCUUUUGAGUCACCACUGUCAUCCGGUUUCCAUUUUGGAGGAUUCCUCCCUCCAUCCUCCGGAUCGCACCGAACGGGCAAUGACAACGGUCUCAGCAACCCCGCAGCAGAUGAGGGACCGGCUGCUGCAGGCCAUCGACAGUCAGAGCAAUAUAUGCAACAUGGUGGUCGUAUUGGAGGUAAUCGCGUGUCUUGAAAAGUAUCCUAUCACCAAAGAAGCACUUGAGGAAACUCGACUAGGAAAACUAAUCAAUGAUGUAAGGAAGAAAACAAAGGAUGAAGACCUUGCAAAGCGUGCCAAGAAACUCUUGAGGAACUGGCAAAAGCUGAUUGAACCUGGUCCACCUGUAGCUGCGAGUGCUCCUGGCUCCACCAAUGGCAGUUCCCAUCCCAGCAGAACGGAUGCCUCGCCCCCUGAAAUUUCCUUGUCGGGGAAGGGUGUCACCGAAGUCAAAGUCAGAAAUGACGUUCACAACACAUAUUCCCCAAAAGCUGAGAAAUCAAGCAGUCGCAAACGCCGAGCAGAGCACAGAGACAUUGGAGCGCAUUUACUGGAUAAAAUCCCUAAGAUGUCUUCGUAUGAAAACUCAGUUUCACCACCAUCGAUCAAUGGAAUUGCUGGCAGUCCAGAUGCUCUACCUGAUCAGGAGGUUGUCCCGUCUCCUGACAGAUCGCGAAUAGAUUACCUUGAUAAUGAUAAAAUCAACAGGAUUCCAGUUAAUGCUGUCAAGCCUCGCCCCAGCUCCCCUGGCAUGGCCAAGCUACCUAGCACUUCCUCUCUGAUCAAAGUUGCUGUGAUGCAGCAGCAAUCAAGACUGGAUGAGGUUGGAGGCAGUUGUUAUCAAGCCAAAAGUCCCCGUGGCCUCACUUCUAGUCCAAGAAGCGUGAAGCCAGACACGGUGAACAAGAUCUCUUCUGCAUAUUCAUCCAAAGGAACGCCUAGCCCUUCAUCUAGGGAUUCGCCAUUAGCUUCGUCCCAGCCUGUAUGCUCCCCAGCUCAUGCAUCCAAUGCUGACAAGUUGCCACAUUCUUCCCAUAGGUCUUCAGCGCACUGGGCCAGUUCGUCAGAAUUCCCAUCUCAUCUCCCCUCACAAGACACAUCUGCAACACUGGAAUCCCGGUCAGAAUCAGUCUACACUUCACCCUCUAUUGCCCAGCACAACUCAGACCUAAGCAGACCAACAUCUGAGGGAGUCUUGGGUGUGUCCGAUGACACAGAUGGGACAACGGUCCCUAACUCGGAACAUAAAAGGAGGAAGUACAGGUCUAGAGACUACUCUGUUAAUUUAGAUGGCCAGAAAAUAGAGGAUGGGACUAAACCUGUGCGGUUAAAAGAACGCAGACUAACAUUUGAUCCUGUCACAGGUCAGAUCAAAAGUCUGGUAAAUAAAGAACCUUCCCAGUCAGACGAAGCCCCCACUCCUGACCUAGCUGAGUCUAGGCAGAGAACUGAAAGCACUGUACACCCUCCCUCUGCCCCAGUCCCUCCCCCAACCCAAGGCCCAGCUCCAGGUCCAAGCCCUAAUCCCUUCCACCAGACAAACUGGAAGGAGCUAUCCAGAAAUGAAAUCAUCCAGUCCUACUUGAACAUUCAGAGCAAUGUGCUCACCUCCUCGGGGGUCCAGGCUCCUAGUGCACACUUUUUCAUGUCAGAGUAUCUGAAAAGGGAAGAACAGGAGGUUAAGGAGUCAAGGAAGACCCAUGUUCUGAAAACAGACAGCGUAAUAGGGGAUUUACCGGGUGUGAGUCGGGAGGUGACUGAGGAGGACCUGGACAGGGUACACACACAGCACUGGCCUGGGGUGAAUGGUUGUUACGAUACCAUGGGCACCUGGUAUGAUUGGACAGCGUGCAUAUCGUUGGACCCUCACGGGGACGAAAGCAAAUUGAACAUCCUGCCAUAUGUUUGCCUAGACUGAGAGUUUUGAGAAGGUUGCAGUCCUUUUCCACUCCUUGUGUUGUCUCUCACCAGAGAUAAGAUACUUGUGAUUUUGUUUGUCCACUGUGAGUUUGGCAUAAGCCAGGCCUGCUAAGCUCCCCCUCAAGCUUCUUCCUCUUUUUGUGAUUAUCUAAUCUAUAGAUUUUGAUAUAAAGAGUAAAGAUUAAAAGAAUAGUUAAGUUUGUAAUACCAAGGGCUGUUUCUGUUUUAUUUUUCAAACUGAAAGAAUGGCAAGGCCCUAGUUGCAGAGUGCUGCUACUAACAGGAGGCAAAACCAAGUGGUCAGGAUUGUCCCCAGCAACCAGAUAAGUUAGCAAUGUGAAUUUUCAAAGUUCAGAAUUGUGCAUCACAUUGAGACUCACUGGGAUGAUGCUGGUCUCUUCUUUUACCUUCUUGUUCCUAAUGAAAAACUACAAUCUGGGGUUAAAUUUGGGGGAAGGCUGGGGUUGAGCUGUCCUGUCCAGACCAGACUGCCAUGUUGGUGCCCAGAAAGGUGUUGAUAGUUCCUCUAGCGCAGGCUGAGCUGAACAUGUCCAGAGUAUAAGAUGCUGGAGCGUGUUUGGUAUUUACAAGAAGCUUUACGUGAGAUAUAAAGAGUAAAUUAUAAAUUUCUUAUCAUGUAUGCAUCUAUUUAUUUUUGACCAGUUUAUGUGUUCAUCAAAAUGAACAUUCAACCACCUCUAGAUGUCUUUUGUUGUCAGCCUGAACUUUAAUGUUUCACACAGACGGAGGAAUGGUCUUUCAUUCAGAUUGGCCAGUACGUACAUUCCAUACUACACCUUUGCUCACUUUUCUUCCCCUCUCAUCACACAGCUCUUAUUGAAUUACUUCAUUUCAAAUGGUUCCAUUGAAGUAGUGUGGCACUACUACAGUGACAACCCUUGCCACCACUUCUUCUCUCCCAAGCCAGACCUGUCAUUUUAGAUGGCUCUGAUCAAUACCUGCAUUUGACACUGAUAACAAUGAGAUGUUUAAAUGCAGGAACUGUCUUUGCUUUUACAUAUUUGCCUUUGCAAAAAAACAAAAAUCCCAACAUUUUUCUGAGUUAACAGCCUUAAUGAAUGUACAGGAUUUAGAUCCCUUAUGCACUUGUAUGUAAUGUAAAUGACUUCUAUUUCAAGUCUGAAUAGUAAGUGAUGCUCCUAUAAUUUAGUAUCCAAGCUUAAUUCAGAGUUUCAUCUUAAUGUUCUUUCACAUGGUUUGACAGUUUAGUAAAUACAGUUUGAAAUAGCAUAUCUCAAAUGCCGGAAGCAUAAAAGUAAGCGAGAAAGCUGUGCGUUCCUGGUAUUUUCCAUGUGAUGACUCAGUUUAUCUCCCCCCUUCCUCUUAGUCACUACCACCUAUUCUCUCAUGAUUUAAAUUAAGAUGGGCAUCUGCGCAGCCUCUCUGUCUGUUCAUUCAUUCAUUCUUUCAGUCAUUCAUCCCUACCAAUGUGCCUUGGUAAACGGUUAUUCUGGAUUUGCUUCUGCAUCAAACGCGCCUGUCUGUGGAGCUGGGUUUACACGCGAGAACUCCAAAUCCCACGGUCGACAGGAUGCUGGCAUAUGCGCCGUUUCUGUUCACUUUUUAUACACUGACAUAGUGAGGGUGAAGCUGCAGACAAUGGAAAGAAAACUGCACGACAACGCAACUGGCAAUAAAGGAAAAGUCCAACAACUGGUUGAUAAGAAUCUGUUUUCUGGAGUUUUGACUGGGACAUCUUUAUUUGUUCAGUGUUUAACAUCUCUCAAUUGUUUGAAAAUAAAAUGAUCUAAAUCUUCA